AUGACGGAACAACAGCAAGAACAGGAGCAACAACAACAACAGCAACUGGAGGAUAACAAUUCAGUCCCAGCUGGUAUUGAAACCAAACAGACUGUGCAGAACGAUAGAGGUAUUAAUAGUAAUUAUACGUUAAAAAUGAAAGAGCGCAAUGGCGAGGGCACGGUUUUAAUGAGUCAACAACAGGCUGUGAAGAAUGAUAUCAGCAUUGAGAAUGGUCACAGUGGUCUAGGAAGUCAAAUCACUGGUACUAAUGAGAGCCGCAAUGUGAGUUUGAACCUUAGCGGUGCUGCCUCACCUAAGGGCGGGGCAAUAGAUUCGAGGUCGAACUCUAAUAAGAUGGGUCUUUUGCACAAACCUAUAAGCACUUCUUCUCCAGAGGCUCAGCAGGCUGCACAGCAAGUGACACCAGAGAAGCUUUCUCAAUUGCUAUUGGAAAAUGGACCAUUGGCUAUUCGUUUCAUUACAAAAGCGCUAUCGAAAGAGAUACCCAAAUUUUCAGACCUUUCGGCCUCAAAGCAAAGACGGUUAAUAAUGAGUGCUUUAGAAAGCGGGGACGAAACAAACAGCGUGGUUUUUGCAAAGAUCGGGUGGGGACAAUGGUCUGCUGUUAAAGUGGAGGAUCCAACAGACUUUGUGAAGCAGCGCGAACUAACAAAUAUUGCUAACUCUAAGAUCAAGGACCAGAUGGCAUCCGACAGAAGAAGAAGCAGCGGGGGAGCUGGAGGAGGAGGCGGGGGUGGUACAGCAACAGUGCCGGUUGCACUGUCUCCUACUUCGAAAAAUCCGCUUGAUAAGUCUUUCUCAACACCCGUUCCACCUUUAGACCUGAAGGCCACAGGCAAAAAGGCAGGAAACGAGAAUGACAACAACAAGAGUUCGAACCGAGAGUCAGGGUCCGGCAAGAACAAAGACGCUGCUAGCACAGCUACUUUCCUAGACGAAAAUGUUCUUGUGUCAGAUGAUGACGAUGACGACCACAGGUAUUAUGACGAUGACGACGACGAAGACGAACUAACCUCCUAUGGCCUCAACCAGGAUGUGUUCAGAAGACGACAAUCAAGUGUUAUUAGCGACAACAAUAACUCGCCUCCUAACGAGUUGGAGUUUGUUGUGCGUACGAAGCUAAAAAACGGUUCUAGAAGCGGGUCUCGGAGUAUUCACCGCCAAAGACAGCCACAGGCUUCAAACAAAAGAAGGUCUUCCUCAGUGAACAAACCUUAUCGUUCUUCUCUAUCAUCACUCAACCAUUCAAACGGUAGCGAAACACUACUAUCUGAUCCUUCCCUAAGGCGCAUGUCAACACAUUCCGACAAUCGCACCAAGAGCAUAGUCCAUCUAAGCGGGUCUGAAACGGACAACGAAAUUAUAAGCCAUAUAACGUCCUCCAGGAGAGAGUCGCGCUUAUCAUUCACCAACGAAUCUUCAAUAAGGUCCACAUUGAUACCACAUCUACGAAAAAUGAAUCAGUCGCAAGAGCAGGUAAUCAAUGAUAAUGACAUGGAUAUACAUUCCGAUACAGACGAAGAGGAUUGGCAAGCCAUAGGUGCGGAAACAUUACGUAAACAUGGCUCCUCCCCACCUUCUGCUAGUCCUAGAGACCAAGAUGCAGCUAUCGCCCUAAUGUCCUUGAAGUCGUGA